AUGACUAACUCCUCUUCCUCUCUCCAUAGUCUCCACUUCCUGGUAUUCCAUACGGAGGAGGUCCAUGAUGUGUUGCGUAUCUGGGACGGUCCCCAGGACGGAGGGGUCCUCCUGAGGGAGCUCAGCGGCUCGGCCCUUCCCCCUGACGCCCACAGCACCUUCAACGCCGUCAGCCUCCAGUUCACCACCGACUUCUUCACCUCCAAACAGGGCUUCGCUCUGCAGUUCUCUGGUAAGAGGUCGAAUGAUAUAUUGUAUGCAAUGGAAGGAAAAGGGGUAUGUAUGAGUGUUAACCAACUUUACAAUGAAUUGUUCUGUAUAAGAGCUGGGACUCGAUCACAACGUUACCUAUGCAUCUUUAUUGUAGCUACAGCCAAUGGUUCCCAGGGGGAGUUUUGGAUGGACGCUACAUUUAUUAAAAGCUUCAUUCUAACUGUUCAUUUUGAUAUUCUAGUGUAUGUAUAUUGUUUAUUGAUAUAUGUUGAAGCAGCUAUUCUGCAUACCUAGAAAUGAUUAUACUUUUUUAUGUACAAAAAUUGGAAAAAUAUUUCCAAUUAGGAUUCAGUUAGAACUGCCUAUGUACAGCAGGAAAGAGACAGUCUUCUUACCAUCUGAUUAUUAUUUUCUUUCCCCCUCUGUCUCCAGUGUCCACUGCUACGUCAUGUAACGACCCCGGUCUGCCCGCCAACGGGACUCGUAGUGGGGACAGCAGGGAGCCUGGAGACAGUGUGCUGUUCCAGUGUGAUCCCGGUUACGUCCUGCAGGGGGCCACCAAGAUCACCUGCACAGAGAUCAUCAGCCGCUUCUUCUGGCAGCCUGACCCCCCCACCUGCACAGGUAAGACAUGUUAACCCAACCCCCAACCUGCACAGGUAAGACAUGUUAACCCAACCCCCAAUCCGCACAGGUAAGAACACAGCCAGACCCCCCCACUUGCAGAGGUAAGACAUGUUAACCCAACCUGCACAGGUAAGACAUGUUAACCCAACCCCCCACCUGCACAGGUAAAACCCAGUCUGUACCAACGGUACCUACCUACAACCCAGUCUGUACCAACGAUACCUACCUACCUACAGGUAACACCCAGUCACCCAAUGUGUUUACCAACUGAACCUGCCACAACAAGACCUGCUACAGUACUCCAGAUGAUGGCCAUACCAUUUAGUUACUCUGUUACCUGCUACAGUACUCCAGAUGAUGGCCAUACCAUUUAGUUUCUCUGUUACCUGCUACAGUACUCCAGAUGAUGGCCAUACCAUUUAGUUUCUCUGUUACCUGCUACAGUACUCCAGAAGAUGGCCAUACCAUUUAGUUUCUCUGUUACCUGCUACAGUACUCCAGAUGAUGGCCAUACCAUUUAGUUAUCUGUUAUCUGAAGUAUACUCCAAGAUGAUGGCCAUACCAUUUAGUUUUCUCUGUUACACAUGCUACACUUAUACUCCAGAUGAUGGCCAUACCAUUUAGUUUCUCUGUUACCUGCUACAGUACUCCAGAUGAUGGCCAUACCAUUUAGUUUUUUCUGUUACCUGCUACAGUACUCCAAUGAUGGCCAUAACCAUUUAGUUUUCUCCUGUUAUCUGACAUACUCCCAGAUGAGGGCCAUACCAUUUAGUUUCUCUUUCCCCUGCUACAGUACUCCAGAUGAUGGCCAUACCAUUUAGUUUCUUUUUGUUCCCCCUGCUACAGUACUCCCAGAUGAUGGCCAUAACCUUUAGUUUCUUCUGUUACCUGCUACGUACUCUCCAAUGAUGGCCAACCAUUUAGUUUUCUCUGUUACCUGCUAAAAUAUUUCCAGAUGAUGGCCAUACCAUUAGUUUCUCUGUUACCGGGCUACAGUACUCCAGAUGAGGGGCCAAAACCAUUUAUUUUCCCUCUGUUCUUGCUACAGUACUUCCAGAUGAUGGCCAUACCAUUUCGUUUAUCUGUUAUCUGACAGUACUCCAGAUGAUGGCCAUACCAUUUAGUUUCUCUGUUACCUGACAUAGCCUUUCCUACAACCACAACUAGUUUGCAGUACUCGUCCUAUCUGCGCAGCUCAAUACCGGCCAGUAGAUUUUCUACCACUUUCUGACACAGCUACUUUAUAAAACCCUAAGUAGAUCCUCCUCAGUGACAACCAACUCAAUUGACUCUGUCUGUCUGUCUUUCUGUCCCCUGGGUAUCUGUCAGCUGUCUGAUUCUCAGCCCACAGAGAGGCUACCUCCAGAAUGGCCACCUAUUCCCUAGAUGGAGAUAUAAGGGGGGGGGGGGGGGGGGGGGCCAAUUGGGACACAGCCAGAGACAAAGUAGAGACGUGUGAUUUAGAUCCUCUCUGUGACAGCUAGACAGACUCAGACAGCCUCCCAGACAGAAGGACAGACUGACGUUGGGCUCCGCUCAGAGAGAGAGAGAGAGAGAGAGAGAGAGAGAGAGAGAGAGAGAGAGAGAGAGAGAGAGAGAGAGAGAGACAGAGACAGAGAGACAGAGAGAGAGAGAGACAGAGAGAGAGAGAGAGAGAGAGAGAGAGAGAGAGAGAGAGAGAGAGAGGGAGAGAGAGGGGGGGGGAGAGAGAGAGGGGGGGAGUCGCUAGUUAACAACAGCAAUUCAUACAUUGUAAUUAGCUUCCUUGUUUAAUUAGGGCCAGGAUUAAUUCGUUUGAACGUUCCUUUGAAAACACAAACAGAGGGAGAGAGGUCAUGAGUCGUGGGUGUUCCUGGCUCCAAAAGGUUCACAGGUGAAAACCUAACAGGGUUUAAUGUCGACAGGCAUUAGCGGAGUCUCAAUACUGUUGAACCGCUUAAUGGCACCUUUAUUGACUUAGCCAAAUAUAUUAUAUGGGCUCUGACUACACUGACUUGGUCAAAUACAGUUUGGGCCCCAUCCACAAAGGAGUUCUUUAGUGACUUACCCCAAUACAGUAUACACACAGGGGUCUGUUUGGCUCGAUAGCAAACCACAUACCCUCAGAAGCUAGAGCUAGCUAUGGUAAUAUAAUUCAGCACAUGAAGCCAAGGGAUUGGAUCCUGCAGUUAUUUAGUCAGGUAUCCAUAUAGGAUAUUUCAGGUGAUUUAGCCCACCACAAUGCAUAUUUUUUUUAGCUCAAUAGGAAAACCACAUGCCCACAGAAGUUAGUGACAGUUUAAUCUCAUCUAGCGGUCUGCUAUGUGUUAGCAGAUUAGCCUGGUGACGAGGAUUGUGAAAGUGUGAUUCAGCAGGUAAAUGGGUUCUUCAGUGCCUUACUGCUCCUACAUCAUUGGAACUACUUUAUAAUGUGAUCUUGUUCUCUUUAUCAGUCUCUACUUCUCAUGUUUCCUCUCCUCUCUCUCUCCCUGUAUCAUCAUGUUUCCUCUCUCUCCCUGUAUCAUCAUGUUUCCUCUCUCUCCCUGUAUCAUCAUGUUUCCUCUCUCUCCCUGUAUAAUCAUGUUUCCUCUCUCUCCCUGUAUAAUCAUGUUUCCUUUCCUCUCUCUCCCUGUAUCAUCAUGUUUCCUCUCUCUCCCUGUAUCAUCAUGUUUCCUCUCCUCUCUCUCCCUGUAUCAUCAUGUUUCCUCUCCUCUCUCUCCCUGUAUCAUCAUGUUUCCUCUCCUCUCUCUCCCUGUAUCAUCAUUGUUUCCUCUCCUCUCUCCCUGUAUCAUCGUUUCCUCUCCUCUCUCCCUGUAUCAUCAUGUUUCCUCUCCUCUCUCUCCCUGUAUCAUCAUGUUUCCUCUCCUCUCUCUCCCUGUAUCAUCAUGUGUUUCCUCUCCUCUCUCUUCCUGUAUCAUCAUGUUUCCUCUCCUCUCUCUCCCUGUAUCAUCAUGUUUCCUCUCCUCUCUCUUCCUGUAUCAUCAUGUUUCCUCUCCUCUCUCUUCCUGUAUCAUAGCUCCAUGUGGGGGGAACCUGACGGGCCCCACUGGGCUGAUCCUGUCCCCAGAGUACCCAGAGCCGUAUCCUCACGGACGAGAGUGUGACUGGACCGUCUCUGUCACCCCCGACUACGUCAUCGCACUCAACUUCAACCAGUGAGCAUGACACUAAUUACAUCUAACUACAUCCUAACGUCAAAUCAAAUGUUCACUUUGUCAUGCAUUGAUGCCAAUGGGAGACUUCAAGUCGAAGUUUGGAUUGUCCCCCAUGCAAGGACAGUGUGAAUGUUGAUGUCAACUAAUAUCAAUGUGCCUGAGUUAUUAGCACCCACGUUAUUCCCUGGUCAGUUCAUAUGGUCUAGAAUGCUCCUUACCCAUGUUAUUCCCUGGUCAGUUCAUAUGGUCUAGAAUACUCCUUACCCACGUUAUUCCCUGGUCAAUUCAUAUGGUCUAGAAUACUCCUUACCCACGUUAUUCCCUGGUCAGUUCAUAUGGUCUAGAAUACUCCUUACCCACGUUAUUCCCUGGUCAGUUCAUAUGGUCUAGAAUACUCCUUACCCACGUUAUUCCCUGGUUAGUUCAUAUGGUCUAGAAUACUCCUUACCCACGUUAUUCCCUGGUUAGUUCAUAUGGUCUAGAAUACUCCUUACCCACGUUAUUCCCUGGUUAGUUCAUAUGGUCUAGAAUACUCCUUACCCACGUUAUUCCCUGGUCAGUUCAUAUGGUCUAGAAUACUCCUUACCCACGUUAUUCCCUGGUUAGUUCAUAUGGUCUAGAAUGCUCCUUACCCAAUACCUGACACAAUUAUACUACCGUUCAAAGUUUUGGGUCACUUAGAAAUGUCCUUGUUUUUGAAAGAAAAGCAAUUUUUUUGUCCAUUAAAAAACAUCAAAAUUGAUCAGAAAUACAGUGUAGACAUUGUUAACGUUGUAAAUGGCUCUUGUACCUGGAAACGGCUGUGUUUUUAAUGGAAUAUCUACAGAGGCGUACAGAGGCCCAUUAUCAGCAACCAUCAGUCCUGUGUUCCAAUGGCACGUUGUGUUUGCUAAUCCAAGUUUAUCAUUUUAAAAGGCUAAUUGAUCAUUAGAAAACCCUUUUGCAAUUAUGUUAGCACAGCUGAAAACUGUUGUGCUGAUUAAAGAAGCAAUAAAACUGGCCUUCUUGAGACUAGUUGAGUAUCUGGAGCAUCAGCAAUUGUGGGUUCGAUUACAAGCUAAAAAUGGCCAGAAAUAAAUAUUUUUUUUUCUGAAACUCGUCCGUCUAUUCUUGUUCUGAGAAAUGAAGGCUAUUCCAUGCGAAAAAUUGCCAAGAAACUGAAGAUCUCGUACAACGCUGUGUACUACUCCCUUCACAGAACAGCACAAACUGGCUCUAACCAGAAUAGAAAGAGGAGUGGGAGGCCCCGGUGCACAACUGAGCAAGAGGACAAAUACAUUAGAGUGUCUAGUUUGAGAAACAGCCGCAUCACAGGUCCUCAAUUGGCAGCUUCAUUAAAUAGUACCCACAAAACACCAGUCUCAACGUCAACAGUGAAGAGGCAACUCUGGGAUGCUGACCUUCUAGGCAGAGUUGCAAAGAAAAAUACAUAUCUCAGACUGGCCAAUAAAAAGACAAGAUUAAGAUGGGCAAAAGAACACAGACAAUGGACAGAGGAAGAUUGGAAAAAAGUGUUAUGGACAGACAACUCGAAGUUUGAGGUGUUCGGAUCACAAAGAAGAACAUUUGUGAGAUGCAGACCAAAUGAAAUGAUGCUGGAGGAGUGCUUGAUGCCAUCUGUCAAGCAUGGUGGAGGCAAUGUGAUGGUCUGGGGGUGCUUUGGUGGUGGUAAAGUCUGAGAUUUGUACAGGGUAAAAGGGAUCUUGAAGAAGGAAGGCUAUCACUCCAUUUUGCAACGCCAUGCCAUACCCUGUGGACGGCGCUUGAUUGGAGCCAAUUUCCUCCUACAGCAGGACAGUGACCCAAAGCACAGCUCCAAACUAUGCAAUAACUAUUUAGGGAAGAAGCAGUCAGCUGGUAUUCUGUCUAUAAUGGAGUGGCCAGCACAGUCACCGGAUCUCAACCCUGUUGAGCUGUUGUGGGAGCAGCUUGACCGUAUUGUACGUAAGAAGUGCCCAUCAAGCCAAUCCAACUUGUGGGAGGUGCUUCAGGAAGCAUGGGGUGAAAUCUCUUCAGAUUACCUCAACAAAUUGACAACUACAAUGCCAAAGGUCUGCAAGGCUGUAAUUGCUGCAAAUGGAGGAUUCUUUGACGAAAGCAAAGUUUGAAGGACACAAUUAUUAUUUCAAUUAAAAAUCAUUAUUUCUAACCUUGUCAAUGACUACAUUUCCUAUGCAUUUUGCUAUAUGUACUAUUCUAACCCAUUUCAUGUACUGUAUGUUUUCAUAUAAAACAAGGACAUUUCUAAGUGACCCCCAAACUUUUGAACGGUAGUGUAUCUUUUCUAAUGUAACCUACUCUCUCCUUCUCUGUGUUGUUCAGGUUCGGUCUGGAGCCCAGCUAUGACUUCCUCCAUAUCUAUGAUGGUCCUGACUCCCUCCACCCUCUGCUGGGGAGUUUCUACGGUACUGACGUCCCCGACCGCAUCGAGAGCAGCUCCAACACACUCUUCCUCGCCUUCCGCAGUGACGCAUCGCUCAGCAGCAACGGCUUCGUCCUGCAGUACACAGGUAGGUCGCCCCCCUCGUGGCGGGAGGAGUAAAGUUCUUCUCUGUUUUUGUUUAUUUUGUAGUAGUGGUACAUUUGAGAGUGAUUUCAUUUUCGUGUUUUACUUUACUUAUUUGGGUUCGUCUGUCCUUAAAAGCAUAGACUGUUAUCAUCGGUUUGUGUAUUAGCUAGAUAAAGCAUUGUGGCUUUUGAAUCACUUGUGUGAUUUACCCUUGUUGUGUACAUUUCAUAGUAUUCUCUCUGACUGCUAGUUUGUGUCAUUUUCUAACAAUGACUGGCAUUGUAUUUGUUGUGCCUGCUCUGAGGCUUCUAAACCACUGGGAUUUUCUAACAAUGACUGGCAUUGUAUUUGUUGUGCCUGCUCUGAGGCUUCUAAACCACUGGGAUUUUCUAACAAUGACUGGCUUUGUAUGUGUUGUGCCUGCUCUGAGGCUUCUAAACCACUGGGAUUUUCUAACAAUGACUGGCUUUGUAUGUGUUGUGCCUGCUCUGAGGCUUCUAAACCACUGGGAUUUUCUAACAAUGACUGGCUUUGUAUGUGUUGUGCCUGCUCUGAGGCUUCUAAACCACUGGGAUUUUCUAACAAUGACUGGCUUUGUAUGUGUUACGCCUGUUCUGAGGCAUAUUGCUGAAAUGGAUUCACCCCCUGUACUUACCGACCUUGUACAUUGUUCCAUUAAACUCCCAACUGUUUCACAUCCAAAGUGCGCCGGAUUAGACAUGUGAAAACGGCUUCAGAGAAGAAUCUGAGCUUUAGUGUCUUGUUGUCUUGAUCACCCCCUCAAUGCGCCGUGCUCUGGCUCGGCUUAAUUAUCGACCCCUAGCUUUUCUAGCAGCAAACCAGAGAAUAAUUAUGAACAUUAAAACAAGGAGAGAGGUAGUAGAGUGAGAGUAGGAGUGAGAGUGAGAGUGAGAGUGAGAGAGAGAGAGAGAGAGAGAGAGCGAGAGAAGAGAGAGAGAGAGAGAGCGAGAGAGAAGAGAGAGAGAGAGAGAGAGAGAGAGAGAGAGAGAGAGAGAGAGAGAGAGAGAGAGAGAGAGAGGGUUAAAGCUCUGUUUGAUCAAGUAGCCUGUAAACUCUGUUUGGGGUAAUCAGAGUCAGCUUUGAACAUAUUACUGAACUUCACUAAACGCGUUGGUGUUGAAUAAGGUAUGUUGGGUAAUAUGAGUACUUUACAUUUUGGAAGGUUAAAGUUAGAAGAGAUAAAAGGAAAUCAGAGAUUAAAGGACAUGAGAGAUUAAAGGAAAAUAAUAGCCUAUACCCUCUGUUUGGGAUCAUUUAAGUAAACAUUACGUUUUGGUUAAUGGGAAAUACAUCUUUGGGGUAGUACAGUAUAUUUAACUAUAGCAUUUUAUGAGCUGGGUUUUGUGUAAUGGUGAGGAAGGAGAGGAAAGGAGAAGGUUGGAGAGGAGAUGUGAGGAGAGAAGAGGAGAGGAGAGGAGAGGAGAGGAGAGGAGAGGAGAGAGAGGAGAGGGAGAGGAGAGGAGAGGAGAGGAGAGGAGAGGAGAGGAGAGGAGAGGAGAGCGGAAGAUA